CACCAGCCAUAAUCAAUUCGUAUUAUCAGACUGUAGGGUGGGCUCGGCCGAGGAGGGGAGCCCUGCCUUUGAAGUUGUCAAACCACAACCGACAACGCUUGAGAAGCAUACACGGCACUCUGUGACAUACAAUAAAGACCUGGAGACAUGGGCGGCCCAAUUAUUGUUCACCCGCUGUUCCAGCACACGCUGGCCUGGGAGCCCGAGUAUCCCGUGCGCACGCUGGAGGAGAUCCCCAAGGACGUGCUGCACCUCAUCGCGGAGCGCCUGCCCACCGCGCAGCAGCUGUGCGUGCUGGCCUGCGUCAACCGCCGCUGCAAGGAGGUGGCGGAGGCGGAGGAGCUGUGGCGCCAGAGGUGCGUGACGCGCUUCGCCAUCACCAGCCACUGCUCGCCGCCCUCCUGGCGCAAGCUGUACGAGUUCAACCACUGCUUCCUGUACAAGGUGCUGCUCAGCCGCAGCGCCGAGCAGUUCAGCUCGGGAUUCUCGCGCAGCGGCGGCGCCUACGUGGGCAUGGGCAUCGCCAUUGCCUGAGCAUGCUGCGAGCUGGGGCUGCGAGAAGGUUUGCAGCUGGCCAUGCGAUGGAAGGAUUUGUUGUCGGCAGGCCAGGUAGGCUGCAUCGACAGCCGUCGUGUGGGUGUCACCAGCCGGCGCGUGCGGCCGGUGUGGUGUGUGUUGCAUUUGUGUGAUGCGGACUGAUGAGGUGUUGUUGGUUUGGUUUGAUUGGCUGGCUGCCUUGUGACUGCAGCCAGCUGCAGCCGCUGGUGCCCGUGCUUGCGUGGGAGGAGUGCUACAGUGCCGCACGUACCCGUAUGCUGAGCGCGGCACACUUCUGGCGCAAAUGCAUUUGUAUCUUUAUCUUUGCCGAGUGGUGCCCAACGCCUGCCGCUUUCGGACACGGCUCCGUCGGACCACCUCGUGCUGCGUGAGUUUGCAUGCGGCGAUGUACGGUAUACGAAAGCGACUGUGUUUGUGACUCGAGAUUCCGCUGCAUAUCAGUUUGGAGCCAGACCACGCGUUGACAACAUAAAAGGCAUUCCGUUACACACAAGCGUGAGGUUGGUCCAACCGAAGACAUAAUGCAAGCGAACGCAGGGACGAGUGCUGCUGCUACUGCGGGCGACCACGGAUUAAUCAUGAUGGCCCGUAUGUGUGGUCCGAGGACCAGGGUUCGCGUGGCGUGCUGCGUAAUUAGCGCCAUGAAUGGCUGUGUGCUGAACAGGGGAGGUGCUGAACGCUGGGACACUGGUGCACGGAAUGGGAGUUACAGGAGCCGUGCCCGGAAUACUGCCAUGAAUGCAUCACAGGAGACCCGUCCACUGUGGGUGCUGUCCAGUUCAUCGAACACCUGUAACAUAAGGAGCAAUGGGCAAUGCAGGCGGUGCACAGUACAGUACGUGGGAUGUAUGUGAUGGGAGAACACGGACAAU